CUAUUUCGAUACACUGAUUCAGUAAAAAAAACUAAUUAUUUAACCGAUGGCUUUUGCUUUAACCGCUGCUUAAUCUUAUACAUUUUAAAGUACCGUUAAUUCCUGUUAAACCGUUAACCAGAAAAUUCAGUGAAACUAUACCGCUGCAAAAUACAUUAUUGUUGUUGGUGGAACCGCUGGAAGAACAAAAAAUUUUAGAAUGUCAACAAAACGGAAGAAGGCGCCAGUCAGAAGAGGUCCGGCCAAAAGGAACAGGAGAAAAGAAGAAAGUGAUGUGGAUUCGGAUAUUAGUGACGCAAGUGAUACUGAAAAUACUACGCAACCUGAUGAGGUUCUCAUAGCUGGGCAUGGGGACGCUCUUGAUGAACCAACUCAAUUACCUCAGGAGUUACUUAAAACAUUAAUCAAACCUGCUGGACAACUUCUUAUUUUUGGUCUCAUCAAUUGGGACUACACGUCCAACAAGGUACCGAAGGAAGUCAAGAUCAAAUUGCACCCAAAUCUCUACAGCCCGCAUCGGUUUCUCACGGACAAAAAGGUGCGCCUCGCCGUGAGCGGAUGUGUGGCAACUCAUAGUGUACUUAUCACCGAAGACGGGAAAGCAUUGACAUUCGGCCGCAAUAAAUUCGGCCAGUUGGGUCUGGAUCACACCGAGACGAAAGAAAUUCCAACAGUGGUUCCGGCGUUAGAAAACAUGAACGUAAUCGGUGCAGCGUGUGGUCGCAAUCAUACGUUGUUUCUGACCGAUACAGGUACUGUGUAUGCAUGUGGUGACAACCGCUCGGGCCAAUGCGGUGUCGGAAAUCUGCAACCCAAUAUUCUCACUCCCACUCGAAUUAACUACCGAGGCCCGCCAAUAGUUAAAGUGGGUUGCGGAGCGGAGUUUUCGAUAAUUUUGGACAUAAAAGGAGGCUUGCAUUCGUUCGGUUUGCCCGAGUACGGCCAAUUGGGCCAUAACACCGACGGCAAAUAUUUCAAAACCAAUACUAAACUCUGUUUUAAUUUCGAAACUAGCCCCAAACGCAUUGUGCUAUACAUCGAGAAAAGCAAAGAUGGUCAUGUAGCUCCAGUAGAUGUAACCGAGAUCGUUGAUUUCAGCUGUGGGCAGAAUCACACCGUCGCGAUUGAUAGCAAAAAAAGGGCUUUUUCGUGGGGAUUCGGCGGAUUCGGGCGAUUAGGGCAUGCCGAACCGAGAGAUGAACUUGUCCCACGUUUGAUCAAAUAUUUUGACACUCAGUCAAAAGGUCUGCGGUCUAUACAUUGCGGGUCCACUUACAGUCUCGCGGUCACCGAAUUCGGUGCUUUGUUUAUGUUCGGACAGACUAAGCGUACAGGAGAAGCCAACAUGUAUCCGAAACCGAUCCAGGAUUUGAGCGGCUGGACCAUUAACCACGUGGCUGCGGGAAAUACGUCAAUUAUUGUUUCUGCUGAUGAGUCAGUCAUAUCAUGGGGGUCCACCCCGACUUUCGGAGAACUGGGGCUUGGGGAAAUCACAAAAUCUUCAAGCACUCCUAAAGAGGUCACGAAAUUAACUGGAGUUAAAGUGUUGGGAUUGUCAAUGGGAUUCGGACACACGUUGCUUAUAGCACAGAAUGAAACUCCAGAAGAGCAAACUAAACUUGAAACUUUUGACGUUUUCGAACCGUAAUGUGGAAUAAUACGAAAUACGUACAGGUAUAUCUAUUAUGUACUAGAACUUGUGUAACACUACUGCCCCUUUCCAUGUUUUUUUAGCCGUUAGCAUUUAUACUUCAGUAUUUUUUAUAAUAAUUUAUUUAGUCUUUCUAAAUUAUAAUGUGUAAUUGUAAUCAGGUUUUGUAUUUGUUUCAAGAAAUCAAUAAACAUUUCUAUUAAAAAACUU